AAGGAAAGACUUGGAGAUUAUUUGGCAGGAGGCAGCGGACGCUGACAAAAUUAUUCCACAAUCAAACCUAGCUGGCGAUUAAUUACGGCACGUGAACGACGUUCUCAUCGUUACCGACGUAGGUACAGUCGUCGACAUUUAAAGUUCCAAGCGGUCUCCCACUUCGAGACUCCCUUCUCCGUUCUCCACAACCUGCAGUAGCAGCAGCAGCAACCGACGGAGGCCACUUUCAAUUCGAAACCUGUUAACCCACUUAACGGCAGUCUUUGUGCCACUUUUGUCCUUACCUGAUGAUGGCUGUGAUACAAGACACGUAGUGUACACCUCAGGUGCGAAAGGUGCGUGGAGGAAAUGGUCAGCACCUGAUGGAGGAUUCGCUUCUUCGUGAAACGUUAAAGCCUCUCCGGAUACUGAAGAACAAUAAUUCGGCUCCAGGACCUCGUCGAGUACUCUGUUCUCUUGGAUUACGACAACAACGAACACAUGCGCUCGUUAUCUAGUAUAUAACAUUCAACGAGGAGACUGGAUAAGUGCGUCAGAUCCAUCCUCGCUGAAAUUGUACCGAUUGGAAAUUUGGAACGUAGUAGAAUUAACCGGUGGAAGUAGAGCAGAGCGGAUAUUAUUCUUUAUGGUUUAGUUCCUCCGGCACUGCUGCAGCUGCGAAAUCUUAUUGUGAAUGCGAAAUGAGGGGCUGGUUCGACGCAUUUCGUAGCGACGGUGGACCGACGCUGUACAGUUACAGUAACCGGACGCCAGUCAGUGGGGACGUUCACCUGAUAACGAUAUUCGUUAUAUUUUGCACGAUAUUCACGGCGUUCGUUAUCAUAUUUCCAGGAAUACGAAAGGAGAGGCUAACGACAUUCCUAACCGUAACCCUCAGCCUUUUUGUUGGAACAACGAUUCAAGUUGCUCAAUACGGAUCGACAUGGCACACAGCUUCCACAACGGUCGUCAGUUCCUACAGCGCUUUUUCAAGGGAAAAAAUGACCGCUGAGGUCGGUGGGUACAUCGGCCUGAUGCACAUCAAUAUCACCUACACAGGCGGCGAGGGUCACAACGACGUCGAAUUCAACGAACGAUUUUGGUGGCGAAGUCCAACUGAGAUGUCGAAGAGCUUCAAGGAAGCCCUGCACAGAGGCGCCCCCUUCCCGAUUCUUUCGGUAGCCGAGUACUUCAGUCUUCAUCAGGAGGGUUUUUCCUGGGGCAGCCGAUACAGGGAGGCCGGGUAUUACUCGUCGAUAAUGCUGUGGACCUCCUUCGCUUCUUGGGCCAUGAUGAACCUCCUCCUGAUGGUUGUGCCUAGAUACGGAGCCUACAGCAUGGUCUGCACUGGAAUUUGCAUGCUGUUGACCAAUCUCACCUACUGGUCUCUCCUGCCGUGCGAACCUCUCGUCGCGCACGUCGAUGGAUCUAUUCUAAUUUUCAAUUUGGGAUGGAAUUACUGGCUCGUUCUAGUCGCCGGAGUCGGAUGCCUAUUCGCCGGUCUCGUGAUCGCGGCUAUCGAUCUGAUAUUUCCCCAUCAAUUUUCAACGAUCCUAGAGGUGGAUUACGACACACCGUACGAUCGUCACGUAAUUAUUGAGGAAAGUUUCGACACCAGGAACACCAGGCGAAAGUUGCCAAAAAUUGAAGACGCUUUUGGCGAACGUAUAAUGAGACAGCUUUCCCACAAGCUAGGUAACGGCAGGGAUGACACAAAGGGCGUGAUAAAUCAGGGAUACGUCGGCACCGAACAGCUGGAAUUCGCUCAACCGACCGAAGAAGAUCCGAACAAGAAUCAGAACUGGUCUUAUCCAUUUCCACCGUCGCCACGACGAACGAUUAACUAACAAAAGUUAAUCGUAGCGAUCUAUCCAAUAUUUACUAAUGCUAAUUAUGAAUUAUUUAUGCAAGUCGGUUGUGUAAAUGUAUAAUGUACAUGGAUAAAUAUAACGUAACCGUUGUAUACGGAAGAUCAAUGAAACGCCAA